UGUGCGUGUGUGCGAUGAUACUAGCAGCAGUUAGGGGACGAUUAGGACACACCCCUUUGGAUAUAAGACCCUGCAAGUAGUUGGUCCAUACUUUCCCUCUGUGAGCUGUCCUCGCCUCUCUACUUCAAGCUGCGCACGAACAAAAUAAAACAACAGGGUAAGGCGUCGUUUGGUGGCAGCUUAAAAAAUAAAAAACCAAAAUGGAUUUUGGAAAAUGUAUCUGGAUAACUGCAUUACUUUAUGGUCUCGCCUUUAAAGCUGUCCUGGCCCAGACCAACGACCUGACCCCCUGCUCCAGCGCCAACUUCCUGGAGCGCGUGGAGGGGGACUGCACCAAGUUCAAGGCCUGUGGGGCGGCGGGGGUGUUCAUCAUGAACUGCCAGCAGGGCUGGUGUUCAGCCAGGUACAACAGAUCUGCAACUACAAAGUUUUCGUGCCGGAGUGUCAGAAUACACAAACGACAGACAUAUGCAGCCCCAACCCGUGCCUCAAUGGAGUCUGUGUCCAAGACCAGAGCCUCAUCAAUGGCUACAGAUGUUACUGCAACUAUGGAUACUACGGAGAAAAGUGUGGCAAACUAUAACUACUGCUUGAGCCUACCCUGUCAGAACAAUGGUGCCUGCACCAACAGCGACAGCGGCUACACCUGCGACUGUGCGAGCACUGGAUUUACAGGUCUCACGUGUACAGAUCCUAUAAUUAGAUCAUGCAGCUACAACAACUGUAUAAACGGAUACUGUAACAACAACAUCUGCAACUGUUAUAGCGGGUACACAGGAAGCAGCUGCAACAUCACUUCAACAUCGACAUCAACGCCGUCUACCACCUCUUCAACUACGACCAGCGCACCAACAUCCACCAUCUCGCCCCAGUGUGACCCCAACCCCUGCCUCAAUGGCGGCACCUGUAUGGGAGGCGCCUUUGAAUACAGCUGUCAGUGUCCGACUGGGUACUCGGGCAGCAACUGUCAAAUAUUCAAAUCCAACCCAAACUGUACCUACCCCUGUCCCUCUGACGUGCCCAGUUACAACUACCCCUCAUGGAACGACACGAGUUGCUCCUCCUACUACACCUGUCAAAGAGGUGUCCUGAGUUAUCGCACCUGCCAACCCGGGUACAAGUUUGACGUGGUCUCAAUGAGUUGCCGGGAUCAAAAUGAAGAUAACAGAUUUUUCUGUGACUUUUUCAAAGCCUCGACAACCACAUUCCUGCCAACCACUGCGCUGACAACCACACUCAAGGCGACGUCAACCACUGCAGUUACAACAACCACAUCUAAACUAACUUCAACUAUGUCAACCACAACUACAAAGACAUCACCCACAACAACUACAACCACAACCACUCCAACAACAACAACUACGCCGACCACAACUACGAAAACAACACCCACAACAACCACAACUAGUACCACGCCAACAACAACUGCGCCGACCACAACUACAAAGACAACACCCACAACAACCACAACUACAACCACUCCAACAACAACUACGCCGACCACAACUACAAAGACAACACCCACAACAACCACACCCACUCCAACAACAACAACUACGCCGACCACAACUACUAAGACGUCACCUACAACAACAACAACCACUCCAACAACAACUACGCCGACCACAACUACAAAGACAACACCCACAACAACCACUACCACUCCUACAACAACUACGCCUACCACAACUACAAAAACAACACCCACAACAACCACAACUACAACCACGCCAACAACAACUGCGCCGACCACAACUACAAAGACAACACCCACAACAACCACAACUACAACCACGCCAACAACUGCGCCGACCACAACUACAAAGACAACACCCACAACAACCACAACUACAACCACGCCAACAACAACUACGCCGACCACAACUACAAAGACCUCACCUACAACAACCACUACCACAACUACAACCACACCAACAACAACUACGCCGACCACAACUACAAAGACGUCACCUACAACAACCACAACUACAACCACACCAACAACUACUCCCACCACAACUACAAAGACAUCUGCCACAACAAUUACAACUUCGCCAACCUUAACUAAGCCGACCGCAACAACAUCAUCCGCAACUACUAAGACUUCAGCAUCAACAACCACACCCACGCCAACCACAACUCUAAAAUCAACAGCGACGUCUACUGGAGUAACAACUACCACCAUAGCCAUAUACACGCCCAAUCCACUCUGCACCUACCCCUGCCCCUCUAAUGUUCCCAGUUACAACUACCCCUCAUGGAACGACACGAGCUGCUCCUCCUACUACACCUGUCAAAGAGGUGUCCUGAGUUAUCGCACCUGCCAACCCGGGUACAAGUUUGACGUGGUCUCCAUGAGUUGCCGAGAUCAAAAUGAAGAUAACAGAUUUUUCUGUGACUAUUUUAAAGCCUCCCCGUGUAACCCCAACCCCUGCAUCAACGGUGGCACCUGUGUGGCAAUGACCUACGAGGCAACCUGUAUAUGCCCCCCUCAAUACUCAGGCUGGAGCUGUGAAAUAUACAAGCCCACAGAGAACUGUACCUACCCUUGUCCCUCUGACGUGCCCAGUUACAACUACCCCUCAUGGAACGACACGAGUUGCUCCUCCUACUACACCUGUCAAAGAGGUGUCCUGAGUUAUCGCACCUGUCCACCCGGGUACAAGUUUGACGUGGUCUCCAUGAGUUGCCGGGAUCAAUAUGCCGAAAACAGAUUUUUCUGUGACUAUUUCAAAGGUGCCCUUCUUGGUUAAAGGAUAUCGAUGUUGUUGUUUUUUUUUUUAAGGAAUUCCCAUUGAACUUGCAAAAAUUAAAAUAAUUUUUUUUUUCUUCGGAAAUUACAUUUAUAAAAAUAA